AUGCCUCUCCCGGUCGAUACCGUCGAUACUGAUAACCACGACUUCGAGUUUGCUCAGCGUGGCCUUGUGGCAGCCUUGGACAAUCCACUCAUCUAUGACUCGAAUGAUAACAUUGUCUGGGAUGCUAGUGCCUACGAUUUUAUGCAAGAAGAGUGUCCCGAGACCGCCAAAAAGUCUUUAUGGCGCCAGGGCCAACUCUGCAGCGUGACGGCAGGUCUUUAUCAUGUCGUUGACGGCAUUUAUCAAGUACGUGGGCUUGAUCUUGCCAAUAUGAACAUUGUUCAGAUUCCAAACACAAACAGGAUCAUCAUAAUCGACUGCUUGACAUCUAUUGAAACCGCAAGUGCAGCCAUUCGGCUCUAUCAGGAUUAUCACAAGGGGCGAUUCCAACGCGAAGCAGAGAUCCAUGCCCUCGUUUACACCCACAACCACGUGGACCAUUUCGGAGGCGCCCAAGCUAUUGUAGAUGUGGCUGGCAGGGAUCUCCGAAUCAUUGGUCCCGACGGCUUCCUCGAACAUGCCGUUAGUGAGAAUGUAUACGCCGGGGCGGCCAUGUCCCGACGGUCCAUCUACAUGUACGGGGAGGCCUUGCCAAAAUCUCCCGAUGGCCAGAUCGGCUGCGGCCUCGGUCAGGGGCUGUCGACAGGACAUAGCUCGUUGGUGGCACCUAACCAGAGCAUCACCCAGGACGGUGUCUUGAAGCCCGGCAUUGAAGGGCUUGAAAUUACCUGCCAACUAACGCCGGGGACAGAGGCGCCUGCCGAGGUGAACUUUUACUUCCCGGCUUACAAGGCUCUAUGCAUGGCGGAGAACGCAACACACACUUUGCACAACAUCCAGACGCUGCGAGGUGCCCCGGUUCGCGACGCCCGACUCUGGUCUCGCUACCUCGACGAGUCCAUCUCCCUGUUUGGAGACAAGACCGAUGUGGUCUUCUCCAGUCACCACUGGCCUACAUGGAAGCACGAUAGCGCGGGCAGUGGCAUUCAAGACGACAAAAUAGAAAAGCCGAAUAACUUGAUUAUUACUUUUCUAUCGGAACAACGGGACUAUUACGCCUACCUUCACAAUGAAACACUGCGCCUGCUGAACAAUGGCAGCACUCCCGUUGAAAUUGCAGAACAGAUCAGGACUCCGCCUAAUCUGAGCCUUCGGACCAACCUGCGCGGCUACUACGGCUCAGUCAGUCACAAUGUCAAGGCCAUUUACGAUAAAUAUAUGGGUUGGUUUGAUGGCAACCCGGCGAAUCUGUGGAAACUCCAGCCAACUGAUGAAGCGGUUGAAUACAUUAAAUGCAUGGGUGGGCCAAAAGUUGUCCUUGAAAAGGCCAAGGCAUACAUCUCCGAGAAUAUGGAAUCAAAACUACGAUUUGCGGCCACUGUCUUGGAUAAACUCAUCUUUGCGUACCCCGACGACUCGGACGCAAAGAAAGAACUGAUUUCUGUUUACCAAAAGCUCGGACAGGGCGCAGAGAACGGGACCUGGCGCAACAUAUAUCUUACCGGGGCGUACGAGCUGAAAAAUGGACCUCAGCCGGCCGUCAACACCAUGACGCCGGCGUCCCUGAUGGCACUCAAUCUAGAUGAACUGUUUGACACAAUGGCUAUCCGUAUCAACGGCCCAGAGGCAUUUGCUUCUGAAGGCAAGAUCACUAUUGAUUUCAUGGUGGAAGAUAUGCCGCGAAAGUCGCUUCCAGGAAAAGGUCAGAUUGGGUGGCACAUAAGAUUGAGCAACGGCGCCAUGACUGGACACGAAAUUCCAUUUGUCGCGUUCGAGGACCUCAAGGAGAGCAAGUCUGAUCUAACAGUUUGGCUUACGCACGACACCCUGGUCACGGCUGUCGGGACCGCCGCCGCGGGCAAGAAGACUGAGAUUAAUGCCUACCAGGUCGUGACCUUGGGAGAAGUCGGAGCGUGGGAAAAGGCCAUAGUCUUCAUCCAGGUGCCUAACCAUGCAUUUAACAUUGUUACACCCUGA